AGCGUCUGGGGACACUUCUCUUUAGUUCACUUGAUAGGUCAGGUAUUUGUGGUGUCUGUUUUUACAAGGUACCCAGGAAGAACAAGGCAAGUGAUGCAAAUGACAAUUUAAAUAUUAGAAAAUAAAGUUAGAUUCUAAGCUUCAAAUGAUGUUUGUCCAGUGGUUUUUUGAUCUAGUACACCAGAAAUUAGUUGGGGAAUAAAAGAUAAAUACAAUAAAUAAAUGUUCCUUAGGAAUUGGAUAACCUUGAUCUAACCUUUUUUUCAUGCAAAUGAUCUUUCUAGGAAAAAUGUUCAACAUGUUUUGUAAAUAUUCAUAAAAUCUGUCUACCUGGGAGACAGGAGGAUGCAAAGUGUCUUUUUUGCAAAGAAAAAAGCUCAGGAGAAAGAGAGGACGAACCUGAGGGACAAGACAGAUCAGGAGAAAGAGAGGACGAAACUGAGGGACAAGACAGAUCAGGAGAAAAAGAGGAUGAACCUGAGACACAAGACAGAUCAGAAGAAAAAGAGGGAUGAACCUGAGGGACAAGACAGAUCAGGAGAAAAAGAGGAUGAACCUGAGACACAAGACAGAUCAGGAGAAAAAGAGGAUGAACCUGAGGGACAAGACAGAUCAGGAGAAAAAGAGGAUGAACCUGAGACACAAGACAGAUCAGGAGAAAAAGAGGAUGAACCUGAGACACAAGACAGAUCAGAAGAAAAAGAGGAUGAACCUGAGGGACAAGACAGAUCAGGAGAAAAAGAGGAUGAACCUGAGACACAAGACAGAUCAGGAGAAAAAGAGGAUGAACCUGAGACACAAGACAGAUCAGGAGAAAGAGAGGAUGAACCUGAGGGACAAGACAGCUCAGGAGGAAGCAACCAAAAUGAAGGAAUUCAGGAAGAAAGCAGCUCGGGACUUAACCAAGUUCAAGGGGGAUUCCUGGUGGAAAGUGUUUUAAAAGUUUCAGACUCUCAUCAAGCAAAAAGAUACCUGGUCACAUCAGAUGAACUACAGAGGAGGUGCUCUCCCCCAGAGAGUUACUCUGCAAACACUGUAGUGGCUUAUCUACGGAAGGCCAAGGGACAAAAAAAGAAAAUUACAGAGACGCUGGCAGAGUUGGAGGUGAACCCCUCAAAGCGCACAAAGUUAACUUCACAGUGCUCCAAACUUUGUGAAGAUGAAUGCAAGGAUCUGGCUGGGGACGUAAUGUUUCUUGCCACAAAAUUCAUCCCCCAGAAAAGGGUGGGUGAAGCCUUACUAGAAGAGGGGAAUGUCCAUGCUGCCAUCGUCAAAACCGAAGACUGCAGGAAGACAUUGAAAGAAGUAAAGGCUGCUCUAGAGAAAAAUUGGGACACAUUUGACCUGGCAACACAUGGUCUUGGUCCUGCCGUAAUAAAUGGCACUUUUUCGUUGAUAGAUGCGUGUCUUAAGGAAAAGAUGAGAGCACUGAAAAAAAAAGACUCCACAGAUGAGUAAGGUUCCCCCACUUUAUUUUGUUUACUUGUAUUGUUUCAAACUCUUGUUUCUUGAUGUUCAGCUGUACAAAAAAAAAUUAAUAAAACAUUACAAAGAA